UAUGUUAUUGGGAGGAUUAUAAUUUAUGUUAUCAAGCAAAAAGAUAGAAUCUAUUUUAUACAUCUUUUUAUGCAUGUUUGGAUUUACAAGUAAUGGUCUAUUGAAAAAUGCAUAUCAUUAACCUAGACCAUAUUGGGUUGAAGAUGAAAUAGAAGGGUAUAUAGAAUAAUUAUGAUAUUUCAGUAUUGGAUGUAAUAUGGAAUUUGGUAAACCAUCUGGUCAUGCUUAAACUUCAGUCAUUAUAUAUUACUCAUACCUAUUUAUAUUUUAUCCAUCCACUUUCAUAUUUAACAAAGUCAAAGUUUCUGAUAAUUAGGAGAAAAGUAAUAAAGAUGAGCCAUAAAAUAAAAAAGGAUUAGUGAUAUUUCUUAAUAUCUUAGCAUUUUUAUGCAUAAUUAUGACUGGAUUAUCAAGAGUAUUUUUGGGAGUACAUACAAUAGGAUAAGUUUCUUUGGGAUGGAUAUAUGGACUUUAUAUAGUUUUUAAUUAUCAGAUUUAUUGUCAUCGAUUCUUAUUAUAGUACUAAUUCUUGAUAAUUAAAGGUACAUUAAAAAUCAAUUGCAAAUGAGCACGGAAGAUAAUGUGAGAUUUUAAAGAAUGUCUGUUUCAAUUUCAGCUAUGUUCAUUGUUGUAAUUUUGAUGGAUAUUACAUUAUUGGAAUUGAACAGAAAAGUGUUUAAUUAAAAUGAA